AUGCCCUGCCAAGUACCAACAAACUCUUGUGCUCCAACAUCAGAUUUACAGAUGCUCUGUGCUGCUGCUAAGGAGCUGGUGGACUCGGAGUCAUCCUUCGGACUCUUGCUGAGCAGCAAGAGCAGCAAGCCCUUGUUCACAGACCAAUCAUCACAAGACCAGCGUGUGGCCACACUGGAACAGCUGCUGUUCUUUCCCGCUUCCGGAGAAGAAGCUCGCUGGCUGACGUACUGGCAGCGACAAAGACUGCGUUGGUGGCGACAGUUUUCCCGGCGACCCUGGGCAUUCCAGCUGGAGCAGACGGGGGCCCAAGAGUCGCACGUGGUCCACGCGGAGUCCGGGCCCGUGGAGAAGCUCUGGAGCCGAGGACGCCUAGUAGCAUCAGCCGGGUGCCUGGAAACGGCUGCGGAAGCGUUCCUCAGGGAUGCCCACCAAGAAGGACCCCUGGGUCAGGUUCUCUCUCUACACCCGGGUCUCGCACCCUUCCAAGCAGCUGUUGCCACGUCGGGAGGCCUGGCCUCCCUGAAGCCAUUGGCCCAGCUGCUUCAGAAGCAGCUGCGGGGCACACUGGCCGUCUACUCCAACCCCAGCCUGGGCAGCUCCUUGCCACUGGACGAUCAGCUGUCCAGGUUUGAUGAGAUGGGCGUGGUGGCAGUAGUUAUCCUGGACGAUGCAACGCUGAAGACAGGCGUCGCCCACGUGCGACACCGAGACACAGGACUGAAGGAGCAAGUCCACGUGACUGACGUGUGCACGAGACUGCCGCUGUAUCUACAGACCACCGCUGAAAGUUCUUCCUGAAGUCCUGCUUUCCCACGCAUCAUGCCUUCAAGUGCCUCGAUUUUCACGACAGUUUAGUGACAGUCCAACUGUAACCUGUAUUUAUUGAAUAAAAACUGCUGGCUUAUAAA